AAAAUAUGUACUAAACUGACCCCAGAUAACAACAGCCUUUCCAAUAAAACAACAUCUACCAGAGUUCGCCUAUUUAGAGUCAAUAUGUAUGAGGAAGAUGCAAAUUCUUAUUUUAGCUUUCAUCACCAGGAAUGGCCUAACAAUAUCAGCAAUCACCUUAAAAUCCAAUAAUUCAAUCUCCACAAACUUAUUAGCCACAAUAAUAAUUUGUAUUACUAAACUAUUUAUUCCAAGAGCUCCCAGUAUUAGAUCCCCUCGUCAUAACAAUUUCUGUAGCAACCAUAAAUAAGACAGCCUCAACUAUAGUCCAAUCAAAUUUUGCCUGUAACUUCAUAAGCAUUCGGUCCAGUACAACCUUAAAGUCCUAUUAAUGUCAGACCAUCCUAUUAACAAGUGAAUUUCUAAGUUGCUCCCCCUGUUCAGCAAGUUGUCGUCCAAUAACCAGUGGUACAAUAAUUUAACGAUAAUUUCAAUAGGCUGUUCAACCACAAGCUUAAGUUUAAGAAUUCAGACAUGUUGAGAGACCAUUAUAAGUUAUCACAGUUGAUGGUAAUUAUAUUGAUGAGUAUAUUUCUCAGAAAUCGAAGCCCCCUGGAGAUUGAAGUGUGCCACUUUGGAGAGACAGAUUUUGGAAUUGUAAAUUUAAAUUAGAAAGAACAAUGGAACUAUUGUUGAAGAAACAGUAUAAGAAAUUCAGGAUGAUACCAAAGUGAAAAAUUUGGAGCUACAAAAAUUGGAAUUAGAAUAAAAAAUUCAUGAUGAUGAAUCAUUUAUGAAUGAGUUAAGAAUUAGACUUGAGGAAUUGAGACAAGAAUAUGAAGUCAUCAUUACUGAAAAAGUUACCUAUGCAUCAAAUGAAGUAGAAACUUGGAUGAAAAAAUAUGCUAAUUUAGAAAAGAGUUAUGCUGAAAGCAAUUAAAAAAUUGCAGAAUUGAAGAGACAAUUGGCAUAAGUUGAAGCUGCUGACAAAGCCAUGUAAGAUUAAAAGAAAUCUGAAGUUCGUUCAGAAGUUCGUAGAAGUUCUAAAAUGUAUUGAAUUUAACAAUUUCAUUAAACAAGUUAAGA